GCUUGGCUACAAAACUGUAGCUUGUUUCUAGUUUUAUUAUCAACAUGAUUUAACCUAUCAUUUCUUAAUAAUUGACUUUCUUAAUGAUUUAAAUUUAUUCUUAGAUUAUCUCUUCAUAAAAUUUGGUUUUUUAAGACUAGCAUCAUGAGUAUUUCGAUUCCAGAUGAACAUUCUGUGGCUGAACCUAAAGAUAUUGCCACUUUAUUUCGUGAACUGAUGAAAGAGAAAAAUGUUGGAUCUAAUGCUUCGUGGGAAUAUGCUCUUAAACUCAUUGGAAAUGAUGUUAGAUUUGAAAUUUUUAGACAUCAUCCUGAACGAAAACAAAUGUUCAAUGCGUACAAAGUUCAAAAGGCCAGGGAGGAAAAAGAAGAGCAACGUAUGAAGGCUAAAAAAGCAAAAGAGAAUUUAGAAAAAUUCUUACAAACAAGUGACAAAAUGAAUUCCAAUGUUAGGUAUAAACAGGCUUGUGAAUUUUUCCGUGACAAUGAAUUCUGGAAAGCUGUUCCUGAGAUUGAUCGACGAGAAAUAUUCAUGGAUGUUAUUCGAUAUUUGACUGAAACUGAAAAGGAAGAGACGUUGAAACUACAGAAAAGAAAUACCAGAGUUUUAGCCGAUAUCCUCGACUCGAUGACUAGUAUUACUUAUAAAACAACAUGGCAAGAAGCGCAACAACAACUUCUUGACAAUCCUGUAUUUGCCAAUGAUGCUGACCUUUUAGGAAUGGAUAAAGAGGAUGCUCUUAUUGUUUUUGAAGAUCAUAUUAGACAGUUGGAACAAGAGGAAGAAGAAGAACGAAAAAGAGAGCAUAAAAGAAUGGUUCGUCAGGCUCGUAAGAGUCGAGAAUAUUUUAUACAAUUUUUAGAUGAACUUCAUGCUCAAGGCAAAUUAACUUCUAUGUCAAAAUGGUGUAAUUUAUAUCCAGAGAUAAGUGCUGACCCGCGAUUUACUGCCAUGUUAUCUCAACCUUUUUCUGGAUCAACUCCGUUAGAUUUAUUCAAAUUUUAUGUUGAGGAUUUGAAAGCUCGCUAUGAAGAUGAAAAACAAAUUAUUCGUGACAUUCUAAAAGUGAGCGGAUUUAUCGUUGAAGUCAAUACAACUUAUGAAGAUUUUGCCACUGUGCUAAGUGAAGAUGAUAGAAGUGCCACUCUUGAUGCCGGAAAUGUUAAAAUGGUCUUCGAAAGGCUUAUGGAAAAGGCUUUGGAGAAAGAGAAAGAAAGGGUCAAAGAAGAAACCAAACAAAGACGCAAGUUCGAAGUAGCCUUUAUGAGUCUUUUAAAUAAAAUUGACCCACCAGUCGAGGAUGAAUCAGAUUGGGAAAGGGCCAGGAAAAUAAUUUGCGAAGACGAAGUGUUUAGUCGAAUUCCUACUGAACCAGAAAGAGUUCAGCUUUUCAAAACUUACAUCCAGACCUUAGAGGAAUCAUGUAGUCAUCACCAUAGUAAAUCGAAGAAGUCGAAAAAGGAUAAAGAUAAAGACAAGAAGAAGAAGGAAAGACGACGAUCACGUUCAUCUUCUCAAUCCGAUCAUUCAAGAUCUCAUUCUCACUCUAGGCAUCAUUCGCAUUCACGGUCUCGACCCAGAAGUCCAGUGCGUAGCCGAUCCAUCUCGAAGUCAAAAUCAAGAUCAAGGACACCAUCACCAUCUGUAUCAAGAUCAAGAUCAAGGAGUCCAUCUCAUCAUCGACGUCCACCUGUAAGAAGUAAUUCAAGAUCACCAUCCCAUUCAAGAUCGAGAUCAAGAUCAAACUCAGGAUCCCAUCAUUCAACUGACCAAGAAUCAAGAUCUAGAUCUCAUUCUAGAGUAAGAUCACAAGUAGGUUCUAGAUCACCAUCUCGAAGUCCUGUCCAUUCUCGAUCACCAUCACCUUCCCGGUCUCGAUCAUCAUCACAUUCUCGAAGUCCAUCUCAUGAAAGAAGUUAUUCUCGUGAACGAGGAUCAUAUUCUGGUUCUAAAAGAGUUUCUUCUCAUGGAGAUGGUAAACGAAAAAAACAACCAUCAGUCCCAAUCCCUUCAGCAUCAAAAUCAUUACCCAGCGACAGUUUAAUUAAUUCUGAUGAAUUGGAAGAGUUGGAAGCUCAACGACAAAAAAUACUUAAACAAUUGGAAGCUCAGACAAUUGUUGAUUAACUAAAAAAUUGUUUCCCAAUUUUGGUAUAAGUUUAUUCAAUUUGAUAAAUAUCACUUGAAAAAAAGACUCAACAUUUACUCUGUUAUUUUUUAUUGAAAUAAUUCAUUUUUAAAAACAU